AUGGGCAGGAAGGGAGGCCUGGCCUCCAUCUUCUCCUCCUCAAGGCACUCCAAGCCCGGCACCGCCGCCGACGCACCCUCCCCCUCCCCGCCGUGGCCAUGGCCAUCGUGCGCGACCAAGCCGCAGACGGAGACCUUCCGCGGGCAGGGCAACGGCGGCGACGACGACCGGCCGUGCACCACGGCCGCCGCCAGCCGCCGCCGCUUCGACGAAGCAGCAGCAGCACCCGGCAGCGGCGGGUGGCUGCGGCCGCCGCGCGGGGCUGCAGCGCCGGGCGACGAGAUGUACAAGACGGUCAACUCCGUCUACUUCGACCCCGCCGACUCCUGCCGCUUCUUCUUCGACGACGACGGCGGGGACGCGGCGGACGGCCUGGACGAUGGCUCCACCACGACGGCGUCGGAGGAGUGGUCGGAGGCCGUCAUCCGCAGCCUCGGCCGCACCUCCACCGACCGCUUCUUCUUCGACGCGGGCCCGGCGCCCGCGGCCGCGUCCAACUCCAUCCUCGCCGCCUCACCGUCCCCGGGUCGGACACUGGCGCCGCCUCCACCACCGCCUGCUGAGGCGCCCACGCUGCUGCAGGCGGCGCUGCCGUCGUCCGCGGCGGGCGUGCUGCUCUCCGAGUCCGACGACGACGGGGCCAGCGAGGCCGAGACAGAGACCGAGGUGCCGUCGACGUCGUCGCUGGUGGAGGAGAGCGUGGCGGUGGCGCUGGACUCGGAGGACCCGUUCCGCGACUUCCGCGCGUCCAUGCACGAGAUGGUGGCCGCGCACGGCCUCCGCGACUGGCCCGCGCUGCAGGAGAUGCUGCUUUGGUACCUCCGCAUCAACGGCAAGCACAACCACGCGCUCAUCGUCGGCGCCUUCGUCGACCUCCUCGUCGGCCUCGCCACGUCCAGCAGCACCAGCAGCAGCGCCUCUCCCUCCGCCACCACCACCGGAACCACGACCGCGACAAUGACGACGACGACGACAGCGACCGCCUGCUGCUGCAGCAGCUCCAGUACUAGCAGCGGUGGCGGUGGCGCUACCAAUACCACUACCGCGGCUGCAGCUGCAACUCCAACCAUGGAUGAGCAAUGUGGAAUAAGUGCCGGUGCGUCGUGCUCCUCUGCUGCUUCGUCUGAUCUGGAAGAGGUGGCUGCUGCCGGAGACAGAUCAAGUGAUGGCCAUUGCACAGGCGGAGAUGCACUCGAUUAUUCUUAUUCUUGA